GGAAAUGCAAGGAAUGGCCAUCCUCCCUCCUCCUCCAACGACCCAACCCAACACAGGAGAGAGAGAGAGAGAGAGAGAGAGAGAGUAGAAUUCACAAUCAGACAGCAACUCCUAAUUUGCCUUAUCACGCACUCUGCCUCCCCUGCCCACCCAAUCCCUCUCUCUCUCUCUCCCUAGGCCUUCCUCCACACUUUAUUCGUUUCGCAAUUCGCAGACAGAGAGAGUGAGAGAGACGCUCGCGCGAGAAGAAUUGUUGCUUUCUGGUGGAGGGAUUCCCUCGUUGCUGCUGCUGCUGCCGCCCCGCGUUUUCCAUCGAUCCGGAGGGCCUCUGGGUGGUUGGGUUCUCCUCCCGGUGGUUGAAUCUCAUCUGGGUCCGCGCCAUUUCGCCUCGCCUCGCGGUUCUUGAUUCCUUGAUUCCUUGAUUGCCCACCUGCCGAAAACCCACCUGCGUUCGCCUCUUCAUCUCCGCCUCCGGCUUCUCCUCCCCUGUAUCGGAUCGCUUGCGGUUCUGGGUCGGUCUAGGCUUCGGCUCCCCUCAUCUGGGUUCGGGCGCUCGGCCGGCGUUCGGUCUUCGGUCCGGCUGAUCUUCGCUCUGCUAGUAGGACUUAAGCUAGCACCACCUUGGGGUGUGAUUUUAAGGUAGCAUCUGUUUGUGGGAUGACCAUGUUUUGAUUAACAGAGGAGAGCACACGAGCGUUUUUCUUUGGUCGCGCUUUUGGUCAUUCGAUCAGUGCCGCAUAAAGAAUCAAAAUGGAUAGGGAAAGAUAGCACUAGAAGAGGCAGGAGGCACAAACAACCUGGAGAUCCAUAUGUGACCAAAGAGUUCAUCAUGCGGGCAGUUUCCAAAAACACUGUUAUGAGUAUGGAGGCUUACAGGAACCACGCCGAAGUGUUGGUCAAAAGCUAUCUAUUAGCUGAUACCUUACUUCCAUUUACGUCCGUUGUAGCUGGCAUUUUGGCUUGUAAAUUGGUGUAUGAUCUCACCCAGUUAGUCAGCAUGUUUUACUUCAAAACUUAUGCAAGUCUGACAAAAGUACAACGCAUCGAGUGGAAUAACCGUGGUAUGUCAACAGUCCAUGCCAUUUUCAUCACAACCAUGUCACUAUACUUUGUGUUCUGGUCUGAUCUCUUCUCUGAUCGACUUGCUGGCCCCGUGACUUUUCGACAUUCACCUCUGUCUACUUUUCUCCUUGGGGUUUCUGUUGGGUAUUUUCUUUCAGAUCUCGGAAUGAUAUUUUGGCUCUAUCCUUCUUUAGGUGGAAUGGAGUAUGUUAUACAUCAUUCACUCUCUGGAAUUGCUGUAGCAUAUUCUAUGGCUUCUGGGGAAGGACAGCUUUAUACAUACAUGGUCCUUAUCUCUGAGAUUACUACUCCAGAGAUCAAUAUGAGAUGGUUUCUCGACACUUCUGGGAUGAAGAAGUCUGGUGCGUACCUCAUUAAUGGCGUGGUCAUGUUUAUUGCCUGGUUGGUAGCAAGGGUUCUUCUGUUCGUUUACUUGUUCUACCACGUGUAUUUGCACUAUCAUCAGGUCAUUGAGAUGCACAUAUUCGGGUAUCUAUUGGUCUUUCUGGUGCCGGCAGCGCUGGCAAUCAUGAACUUGAUGUGGUUUGGGAAGAUCAUCAAGGGGUUGAUGAAGACAUUAGCUAAAAAGCGGUGAAGAUCACACGCUUGUUCUGCUACGUGCCCUCCUACAUUCUCUGUUGUAAAAGUUGUGGUUGCCCUCAUAGUAAGAAGUCUUAAAAGCUCACAGAAUCAAUAGGAUCAUCGAACCGACCGACAAUCACGUUACUGUACAUGUCUAUAGUUUCAUUACAAUCUCACGAGUCAUUACUUACUAUUUUUUCCCCCCCUUAAUUAUCGAUAACGCUAGCAGAAUUCUGAAUUCCGAUGCCUUAAUCCCGGACGUAUCAUAUAAUCGAAAGCUAUAAGGUCUUCUGACUCUCUGGACUGGUGGUGCUGAAUCUGCUGAUUUUCCUUCACUGGGGUGUCGUGAUUUUGUAGUCU